UACCGUUUCCCAGCCCUAAUUGUAUGUAUAUUUGAUGUGAAAGCAAGAUGUUGUCUAAAGACAAAGAAGUAACUUAGCAUUAUUGCUACUUAAUCCUCCAAAUCAUUGAAUGAUGUGAAAAACAAUCGUUUGUAUCUAAUUGACUGACAAAAUCAUAAGUGAUUAUUGUAAAUGAAAUGCAAAAUCCAUCUAGUAUAUUAUUGAUCUUGAGUAUAUAUACAACAUGAGAUUAUAACCUAUUUAUAAGGAAAUUAGAGAAACUAUUUAGCUAAAACUAAGUAACAAAAUACAUAAUGGGUAGACUAAUGAACUUGAAAUUGCUUCUUGGCGAUCAUUGGUCACUAGAUGAGUUUGGAGGCGGCGGGAUUCUGAAAGUGCAGAACAUGUGGAUGCGCUUUGGAGGAUGCAUUUGCGUAUGAACAUUGUAAUAUAUCUAUCAAUGUCGGGCCAAGGACUUGGUAUGGCAAAAUCCCUUUAUAUCGUUAGGGAGAUAUUGUUUUAUGUGAUAGAGUGUAUUGACUUAGUCUACCCAUUAUGUAUUCUGUUCUUUAGUUUUAGCUAAUUAGUUACUCUCACUUCCUUAGAAAUAGGCAAAACGUUACAAUCUCUACUCAAGAUCAAUAAUAUAAUAUAUGAAGUUUGCAUUUCAUUUACAUGGUAUCAGAGCCCCAAAGCUUUACGGCAGCUCAAGAUCCUAUCUUUUAUACCCUCCUCUCUUCCUGUUCUUCCUCGCCUCUCAUUGUUCCAACGUAGAGCUAUUCCCCUUCCCCUUACUCUCCCUUCUUUCAGCAUGCGUAUCACUAUUGUUGAUAUCAUUAGAAAAUACACUCUAUCAAUUAUUUGAUAUGAUAUGUUGAUGAGAUUGAUAUCAUAUACAUACUUCUUACACUGCGAAUUAUUUAAAAUUUCCUUACGAUAUUAAAAAUAAUCAUCAUCUGGAUCUACCUUGCACAAAAGUAAAUUCUGGCUAGCCACUAAAUCUACAACGUGAGGUAGAUAUGAAAUGAUUCGAAUUUCGAGCAACAUACAACACCUUCACGUAUCGGGAAGAAGAUCUUGAUCAUUUGGGUGAUCCCCACCGCCGGCUUCGGGACAUGGCCCAUAAAGACGACCCACACGUGAUGGGCCUCCAGCUCGGGGAGUUGUCCUACGUCGUAGUUUCAAGCCCAGAAGCCGCCGGGGAAGUGAUGAAAACCCACGACCUGAGCUUCGCGACCCGACCCUGGUUCCAGGCCACCGUCGUCGUAUGUCCUUGGCGCCGUACGACCCCUACUGGCAGCAGAUGCGGAAAAUCUGCGUGGUCGAGCUGCUGAGCCCCAAAAGGUCAUCUUUAUGUCAUAAACCAGUUGGUCUCAAUAACUCGAGUAACCACUUCCUUACACGCCCCCUCAAACGAAAGCCGACUCAUAAGCUUUGAAGUUUGCAGAGGCCCGCCAUACCAUGUGCUUGGGACAACGAUUAAUAUUGGGGGUCGUGAGGACUUGUGGGUGCUGUAAUUACUCGGCUGAUACCAUGUCAUAAACUAGCUCUGAUACCAUGUCAACACGUGAACUCAUGGACAAACCAGCUCUGAUACCAUGUCAUAAACUAGUUGGUCCCAAUAACUCGAGUUGUUGGGAGAAGAUUAUGUUGGAUCUUAUACAGGCCUGUGUAUGGUACUUAACCACUUCCUUACACUCCCUCUAUGUUCAGGGUGGCGUUUGGGAUGGCGGCGGAGGAUGUGAUGGCGAAUAAUAAGGAAGCGAUGUUGAGAGAGAUCAUUUCCGGGGUUUCAGAUACUGUGGGGCGGUUUCAGAGUAUCAAAUCUGUUCCUUCCGUUAAAUUAUUCCAGCGUUGACCGGGUAUCGAUCGCGCCUUGCCAGGUUGCAUCUAGCGGUUGAUGCGAUGCUGGAGGACAUCAUCAACGAAUACAAAGCUCGACGUCGGAAUAUUGGUAUCGGUAGCGACGAUGUAGUGGAUCACAUCCAACUAAUUGUUCAGAGGGUCUAGUGGAUAUUCUGCAGAAGUUUCAGGAGGAUAGAAAGUGAAUUGGAUUUCCCGUUGACUACCCAAUCCCUCAAAGCGGUCGUUUUCAGAACAGAAGCGUGCAAACGACAAUCCAAACCAACACGAACGAACACAAAUUUUAACGUGGUUCACUAACACGAUGCGUGCUAGCUAAUCCACGAGCAGGGGAGAACAAAUUUCACUGAUUUGAGGAGAGUACAGGUUACAAACCCAAAUUCCGGAACGGACAAACCAAACAAACUAACCUGACUGACCUUACUACAGAUUAGGGUGAUGAAGAGUAUUUAUAGAACUCUUCUCCUAAUCCCAAACAGAAAACCAAACACCUUUUCCCAAACAUACAAGGAAAAGGUCAAACAAAUCCCAAUCCCAAACCCAAACAGAAUAGGCCUAAACACACAAAACAAAUCCAAAUCAAAUUCAAGUCAUAUUCUAACAAUCUCCACCUUGACUUGAAUUCUCUCUCAAAUACCAAAUGUACCAGACGCAACCAAAGUUGCCAAAUGUACCCAGACGCAACCAAAGUUGCCAGAUGUACCAGAUGUGAUCGAAAUCACCAAACUCAAACGCGAUGCAAAUCGCCAAACUCAGAUGCAAUCAGAAUUGCCAGACGUACUAACUCCUCCAAAUCAGUUGUACUAGAAUCUCCCCUGCCUCCAAAUGCCCCUAAGGGCGAUCAACAAAUCAAAACAUGCAGCAAGUCCAACCCAUGUUGGGACUUGCCAUGCAUAACCAACUUGGUGUUAUUUUCAUCGAUAACACCAACAUCAGCGCCAAAUUCCCAAAACCACAACCAGGCUCUGAUACCACUUGUCAGAACAGAAGUGUGCAAACGACAAUCCAAACCAACACGAACGAACACAAAUUGUAACGUGGUUCACUAACACAAUGCGUGCUAGCUAAUCCACGAGCAGGGGAGAACAAAUUUCACUGAUUUGAGGAGAGUACAGGUUACAAACCCAAAUUCCGGAACGGACAAACCAAACAAACUAACCUGACUGACCUUACUACAGAUUAGAGUGAUGAAGAGUAUUUAUAGAACUCUUCUCCUAAUCCCAAACAGAAAACCAAACACCUUUUCCCAAACAUACAAGGAAAAGGUCAAACAAAGCCCAAUCCCAAACCCAAACAGAAUAGGCCUAAACACACAAAACAAAUCCAAAUCAAAUUCAAGUCAUAUUCUAACAGUCGUUUUAGAAGUAAGUCUAGUCUCGUUCUUAAUGUGGUUUAAAGUCGAAAAUUAUAUUUCAUACAUUUCUCUAAUUGCAACGAUUAAACUUAGUUUACGGUA